UUUUGCAGAUUACCAAUUCUAAAGUCUAUGAUAUACAUGCGUUAUCUGUUUGGUGUUAUAAAAAGAGAAAGUAAUAAUCAUAAUUAAGUACUUGAUACUUAUUGGAAUUGUUACACGUUUAUAAGCAAUAACGUGUUAAUUCUAAAUAAAAAUAGAUUACGGAAUCCACAGAUAUAUUCUUGAUUUGAUAGAAACCAAUAACCAACAGAAGUUUUAGGUUACUUAAAGCAAUAAACUGACUUUUAUUUUGUUUUUACCACUAAAUAAAAAUGUCGAGCCCAGUUGUGAAAGUAGAAGAAGGUCAAUUAUCAGGAAAAGUUUGUCAAACAUCUAACGAUAGACAAUUUUUUUGCUUUAAAAGCAUACCAUAUGCUAAACCACCACUUGGAGAAUUAAGAUUUGCUCCACCAGAGAAACCCGAACCUUGGAAAGGAAUAAGAGAUGCUACAACUAACUGCAAUAUAUGUGCCCAGUUUGAUAGAGAAACAUUACAGAUUGUUGGUGAUGAAGACUGCUUAUAUUUGAAUAUUUACACACCAAGCUUACCUAAUUCUGAUUCUCAACCUUUACCUGUAAUGGUAUUCUUUCAUGGAGGGGGAUUUUUGUUUGGCAAUGGUACGGAUGACGCUGUUCAUGGACCAGAUUAUCUUAUAGAAAAAGAUGUUGUAAUUGUGAGUCUCAACUAUAGACUUGGUGUCCUUGGUUUCCUAUCACUAGAUUGCAAAGAAGCUCCUGGUAAUAUGGGAUUGAAGGAUCAAAUACAGGCUUUAAAGUGGAUUCAAAAGAACAUAAAAAAUUUUAAUGGUGAUCCAAAUAAUGUAACUAUUUUUGGAGUAAGUGCUGGUGGAGCCUCAGUGGAAUAUCUUAUGUUGUCCCCAAUGUCAAAAGGCUUGUUUCACAAGGCCAUUGCACAAUCUGGUUCAUCUUUACUUCAUUGGGCUCAAAAUAAUCACAUAAAAGAAUUAGCGACAAAGAUUCCUAUUAUGAAGAAGAAAAUAAUAACAGAUAAUAAAGAUUUGGUUAAAUAUCUUAAAGACAUGCCUCUUAAAGAUCUUAUUACAAGUUCAAUGCUAGUGCUGGCAACUGAUAAAUGGCGAGGUGGAAUACAUUUUGGUUUUGUACCUACACUUGAAAAAGAUGGUGAUUGGGAACCAUUUGUAACAAAAUCAACUUAUGACUUAUUGUCUUGUGGAGAAUUUGAGAAAGUACCAUACAUGGCCGGUUUCUGUAGUCGAGAAGGACUUUUGAUGUUAUCUACAAACUUUGCAGCAAACAUAGAGAGAUUAUUAGAAGAUAAAGAUUUUUUAUUCCACUUACCAUUCCAACUUGAUGAUACACAAAAAAUUGAUGUGGAAACUAAAUUAAAAACUGUUUACCUUGAAGGUGACAAAGAGUAUGACGAAAUUGACUCAUAUGCUAUUGAUUUUUUUAGUGACGUUGAUUUCAUAGGAGGCAUUUAUGUUUCCACCUUAUUGAUUGCAAAGAAUAACUCACCUGUAUACUUUUAUGAAUUUGCAUAUGACGGUGGCUUGAAUUAUUUAAAAAAGAAAUUGAAUAUUGAUCGCAAAGGAGCAUGUCAUGGGGACGACGGAGGCUAUCUUAUAAAAAGUGCUUUAUUACAAGGCAAUCUGUCUGAUAUUGAUAAGUUGGUCCGUGAUAGAAUGUGUACUAUGUGGACUAAUUUUGCUAAGUGUGGAGAUCCAACACCGAAAAUCGACAAUGUUAUUACAACAACAUGGGAACCAAUAGCUGAGACCGGUUUGACUUAUUUACUGAUUGACGAUAAAAUGACUAUGAAAGAUGAGAAUACAGAACGAAUGAAAUUGUUUAAGGAUCUCUAUGAAAAAUAUUAUAAGCCUUAAGAGUAUUUCUAAAAUAAAACAAACAUAAGGAAUGUUGGUACUUUAAAUGUGAU